UGUAAUAUUUUUACUUCAUUAUACCUAUAAUAUUAUCUAAAUUAUUUCAAUACAACAAAAUGAGAACGAAAAAUCCUAUGGCCAAAAAACCCCAACAAAUACUAUUCUCCAAAAAUACAUAUGGUCCCAAAGUUAAAGUAGAAAAUUGGGACUAUGAAAUUCUUGCAGAAAAGAAGGAUAAUUAUGUAUAUCGUGACCAAUUGAGUAACCACUUAAGUACAUAUACGCGGUGGGGAAGUGAAGAUCAAGGAGUGCGAACUACAGAGACUCUGAGUAUGUUAGAGGAGGUCUAUGGGAAAACAUCGCCAAUAUAUGCUUUCAAACCUUUAGUAAACUUUACCUCUUACCCAUGUACCGACACACCAGGUAGAAACAAAUUAAUGAAAAAUGCCGAAUUAGCACAGCUUCAUGCUAAUUACGGCGUCAUGGACUACCUUACAACACAACAAGACGAUUUUAGAAACCCGCGCCCGGGAGUACUUAAGCCACUAACCAUGUCAUCUCCAAUAUGGCUGUUAAAUCGUGUAAUUCGUUCGGAUUUAACACACAACCAUGGAACAGCACCUCCAAAGGGAGACUAUCAAUGUUUGGACACCCACACCCCUAUUGGACAUAUUAGAGAUAUGAGACAUUAUAGAUACCAAUCCUUCAAUCCUGCCACAUGUCUUCAAGACUUCCCUGCACUUAAACAAUGAAACAGGAAAUAAUUUUACUAAAAUUUAUUGUAAUACAUACAAAACUUAC